AUGUCAUUUGCACAGAUUAUGAGAGAAAUCCACAGGAAGAAGCAGUCUGAUGUCAUGAAGUACAUGACAAGAAUAACACUGGUUGAGGCACGACAGAACGAUGUGGUGCAUCGUAAAGAGAAACCAGCAUUUUUGGAGAGAGCAAGGAAGCUGGGCUACAAAGCCAAGAACGGAUACACAAUUUGGUCUGUUCGAAUCAGAAAGGGAGACGCAAUCAGAAACUACAACAACGGUAACACACGUGGAAAGUGUGUGAAUGCUGGAAUACACCAAAUCAAGCCAGGUCAAAACAAGCAGGCUGAGGCUGAGCAAAUUGUAGGACACAAACUCGGUGGACUACGCCUGCUGAACAGCUACGAGGUGGGCCAGGAUCUGCGAUACCACCACUUUGAGGUCAUCAUGGUCGAUCCAAGCCACAAUUCAAUCAGAAAUGAUCACAAGAUCAAUUGGAUAUGCAAUGCUGUUCACAAGCAUAGGGAAAUGCGUGGACUUACGUCAGCAGGGCAGAAGUCAAGGGGACUGGGCCACGGCUACAAGUUCAACAACACCAAGGGCGGAUCCAGAAGGGCUGCCUGGAGAAACAGGAACACUCUUUCUCUGAAAAGAUACAGGUGA